CUACGUGCGAGCGAGCGUUUUUCGUGUGUCCGUGGACACGUUUCUUGCGCGCGCGCUCUUUCUCUCUCUUUCAUCCGUGUCGUCGUACGGGAGCGCCGGAAAGAGAAAGAAGUCGUAACGGAAAGGGCGGCGGCGGUGACGACGACGACGACGAUAACGACAACGACGACGAAGGUGGCGGAGGAAGAGGAGGAAGAGGAGGUGGUGAUGGUGGAGGUGGAGGUGCCGGAGGAGGAGGAGGAAGAGUAGGAGUAGGAGUGAGGCAGCCUCGGUAUCGAUGUGUACGAGCGCUACAUUGUGCACCCUUCCAUCGUAGACUGUACUACGCUCGCGUUGUAAUACCGUUAAAGUGUGCCGAUUUAAAUCGUCGCGGCGCGGCGGUUCGGCGUCGUGAAACGCAAAGCGCGCGCGCGCGCGCGCUCUCUCUUUCUCUCUCUCGCUCUCGCUCGGAAAUUGCGUUGCACGCCGGGGCGGCGCGAGUACACCGGCGCCGGUUGACCCUGACAUUCGAGAAGCCGGGCGGGCGAGAGACACUCGUCGUCUCGCGCGCGCAGGAGCGACAUCGCGCGCUCUUUUCGUGUGAUCUCUCCGCGGUGUGUGGCGGUGAACGAACGAACGCACGACGAACGGACGGACUGACGGACCGACCGACGGACGGACGGAUGAAGUGGUCGAUCGCCACAGUGUGCGGAUUUUCGCGCGCGUAGACUCUUGUUUCUUUCUUUUCCCUCCUCGCCUUUUUCUUUUUCCCCUCCCGUCGUGGUCCAGCAACGCCGACCUUGAUUCCGAUGCGCGACAAGAGGAUCGUCACGUCCCGCGUGAUCGCGACAACCGCGAAUGACCUUGACUGUUGAGACGGCGCCCCGAUAUCGGCCGAACCUCCAGCGAAGUGAGGUGUGUCUCCUCGCCCCGGAAAUGAACAAGUAGGAACGCAGUGCCCGAUUCCUACCUACAUCGGUCGCCAUAACGCGCGAGCGUUCGUAUUCGCCGACCUUUGAUCGCGUUCAUCUGUCUCCAUCGAGAAGGAAACCACGUCGUGAUUCGGAAGAGUCGAUUAACCCGGAAGAGAGGAUACCCGCGACCUUGACGACGCGAGUCUAGGAUUUGUAUCUCGGCUACAUGGCACCGCGGCGUCACGCCAACGGCGGCCACGGCGGAGGUGGCGGCGGCGGCGGCGGCCUCCUGGAGAACGGGGGAGGUGGUGGCAUUGUCGGCGGCGGCGGCGGUGGCGGCGGUAUUGGCAUUGGCACCAACGACGCUAUCGACAACCUGCUGGGCCCGAGCCAGACAACUCGUUGCUGCACCCCAACCGGCGAGUGCCUGCGCAACGACGCGCUGAUCCGCCUCAACGCCCUGCACGACGCGGUUAAGAUAACCUGCAACAACGACAACUGCCCGGUCGGGCAGUUCAUGCACCGCGAGUGCUUCGACGCCUGGGAGCAGACCGUGCUCACCUAUCUGAAGAGCUGCGGCCGCGCCCGCAGCUGGUCCGAGCGCCAGCGUCACCAGAACCUCUGGACGAAGAAGGGCUACGACCUGGCGUUCAAGGCGUGCGGCUGCCGCUGCGGCCGCGGCCACCUGAAGAAGGAUCUCGACUGGAUGCCGCCCGGGCUCGGCAACGCGCCCGGCAACCGCGCCGACGAGAACGAGGCCAAGAAGAAGAAGCGCCGCAACCGGCAGAACACCCGGCCGAGCCUGGCCGUGUCGGCCGGCCCGCCCGGCGGCCACGGCAACCACGCGGCGGUCGUUGGAGCCGCCAACGGCCGCGGCACCAGCGAGGCGCAGCUGAUCGAGUCCGGCCGCGGCAGGGCCGGUUCCCUCUCGUCCAGCACCGGCUCGAGCUCGCCGCCCGCGACCAGCGAGCCCAGCGUCAGCCCUCUUCACCAGCCGCAGGCCAUCAUGAAGAAGAAGAGCAAGGUCGACUUCUUUAGCGAUCGCGCGAGACAAAGCUGCGGCGCCAAUGGUAUCUUCUCACGACGUCUGGAUUUCAGCGCAUUCAACAGUCUGCCCCGCACCAAGCUUAACUCCUAUCAUAUUAAGAUGGAAGACGAGGGCAACCACGGCAAUGACGACACCAGAUGCUUCAUUUUGUCGACACUGGCCGCCCUGCAGUGGUCUCGAGUUACAUGUGUCCUUUGUCGCGCUGCCAUGUUGGUUUUCGACAGGUACCCACUGGUGGAUGGCACAUUCUUCUUAUCCCCUAGGCAGCACUCGCCCGCUUGCGCCGAGGUGAAGGUCGAAGGUCGCACACAAUUUUUGUCAGCCGUGUGCAUGAGUUGUUUGGAGGGCAGCGGCGGCCAGCCCGUACGCUGCCGUUUCUGCACCCAACCGUGGGAUGGUUCGAGCUUGGUCCUCGGCACCAUGUACAGCUACGAUAUAUUCGCUGCCAUGCCCUGCUGCAGCGAGCGACUCAAGUGCAACAGCUGCCAGAAACCCCUGAUCUACCCUCAUCAGCGACUGAACUUCUACUCGGACUACAGCCGCGUCUUCGGCUGCCCGCACUGCAGGGCGGUCGACGCCCACUUCGUGAAACCGCUCUCGGCCUGCUUCACCCGCGAGCAGUUUCAGCUCUACAGCCAGUGGCCGUAACCAUUAGAGAACUUAGCGAACCGACGCCGUAUGCGCACGACCGCCGCGGCCGACUUGUAUCCUCUCCUUUACAAGUCGUUAUCCCUGUUCCGGACGACCGUGCUUUAGAAUCCUCCCCUCGCGACCCGUAGGAGACACUUUUGACGAUGGCGAACGCGCACGGGGGCCGCGAUCCUUUUUCCUGGCGCGUCUCUGUCUCGUCGUCCAUCGACGUUUAUUAACUUCCUCUUAACUCGCCAGGCGCUUUUAUUUCGAUCGACAGCACUGGUGUUACUUCUUCGUAAUCAAUUUCCUUAGGAAUCAUAAUUUUUUUUCUAUUUUAACAAUCAACCGCUGUUCUCUACGUACGACGACGGUGUGUGCGCGAGCCCCUUGGCGCAUUCCCAUAGGUAAUUACUAAUAAAAUUUAAGAUGUUUCUUUUUAACGUCGAUUUACAUUGUAGAUUUGUUUGUCUAGGUUGAUCCUAAGCGGGAGACGCCGAAUUAUUGACGUUUCGUUUUUGACGAUGCACAAGGCGAGACUCGCAAAAUUAGUGUACUUCAUUUUCCAUAUGUAACGCGUUGCUCUUUAAGUUUCUUAAGGCAUUUAUCGUGCGUUUCGUUGGAAUAAACGGCAAUUUAUUUUUUUAUUACAUGUGUUCUUCUAAUAUAUGUAUAGGUGAGUUUUAACUAGUGAAAAUUUUUUUGUUAGAGAAGUCUUUGUGUGUUUCACCAUCUGUGCAUAAAAUGUUUGAUUAUAAUCGUAAACAUCUAUUUCAGAAACUUUGAAUAAUAAGUGUGUGACACAGCCUCGCCGUCUCCCGUUUUAUAAUAUAUAGUUGAAUUGCUUUAAAAAAAAAAAGGAAAUAAAUACAUGGAAUAAAUUUAGGCGGAGAUAAACGAUAUAUUAGACACGGAGAGAAAGGAAACGAUUUUCCCUUUAUUGUAAACGUGUGUAAAGGAAAGGAAAAAAGGCUACUUUCUAGAAAAGAUUGGGAGGGGAAGAGAGAAAAAAAAGAAGAAAAUAACUAUCGUUUGUUACUUAGAUAAUCGAGAACACGUUGUUUUUUUUACAUUUUAUUAGUUUAUACGUUUAUGGCGGCCAUGUUGAUUUUGUUUAAGGAUCUACGACUCACUCGAUGGGUUUUCAACGUUGAUUCGGUCGGGCGCGCGUCGCGACUUUCCGCGAUUCGGGACAGGAGCAUUGCUGAGGGACGGACAAAAUUCACGCCGGUCGUAAAGGUAGAAAAAAGAACAAGGUAAACUCACUGUGAGAGAAGAAACCGAUUGUUUGAAACUACACCGCUCGCGCCGUGCACACACAGUUUUUUCGUUCAGACGGAAGUGCGCACGGUUCUCCGAUCUUGUCGUCGCUCGCCCUCGAGUAUCGAGUGUUUCGAAUUUUCUCGCGGAAAGUCGUGAUCGUCCGAGAGGUAGCCAGUGUAUAUAACAUUAAGUGGCAGAGAAGCAAGCGUGCUUGGAGUGGAAGAAUACCUCCUUUUUUUUCUGGCGAUGCUGGUCGUUGCUGUCCACCAAUAGCGGCCGUCCCACAAACAGACCGCCCACCGUUUUCAAGAGGUUUUGUUCUGCCAAUUCGUAUCUUCGUCGUUCUUUGUCUGACCUUCGUCGAGCCCGCCAACCUUCGACAGUGCAGAUUAAAAAGCACCAGUACAAGCGUUGCUCGAUCGAUGGCGAGAGGAACUUGAAUUUCGUUUUCGCAGCACGUGCGAUAAAAAUUUCGAGCGACGUUGGAGGCAUCGAAAUGGACUCGAUCGUCGUCUUUGAAAUGAGGUGAGGUCCGGAUCUAGAAAAUGGAUGUAUCGCUGUUUUGAACGUUUCCUUUGCUUUUUCUGCGCGAAGUUUUAUCGAGACACACACACACGCACAUAAUUGGCCUUUAUAAAAGAAACUACAAUGCUCUUGCGCAUUUUACAAGGUAAGUGGAAACAUUCUCUUCAAAAUUAACGCGGCAACAAGCAAGUUUCGCGAACCGUUUCAAGUUCCUCGUACGAUCGGAAACGCGUACGAGAAAUUUUCCUCAAUAACUUACGAUGCGUGUACAUACACGUCGCACGCGUCGCUUGUACUCCCUACUGCUUUCAAUUUUUAAUAAGAAUUCGGCGAUUAUGCGCUGUGUCACUCGCUCCUCUGAGUUCCUGUCGUAGGCGAGAAAGAGAGAGAGGAACCGAGAGGAUUGAUAUAGUUUCAGAAAGUUAUUCAUGAUUAUUUAUCGCGGCUUCGCACCGAUUUGACGUAAUUAUCAAAAUUAUUUCUUUACGUAGAUUUAUUUAAAAAAAAAACCUGCAAGGAAGGCUCCUCUCUUGCAUUUAUCAAAUUUUUCUAAAUAUAUAUUUCUUUUUGCUAAUAUUUUUUCUUACAUUUAUUGAGCACGAUAAUGAUAGGAAAUUUGAGAAUCUUUGAAUUUGCAAAUUUUAAAAGUAUUGUAGUAACGUAAUGUACAUUUCUGUAUUUAUUCUAAUAUACUUGUUUUAAUUUCAAAUGAUAUAAUAAUAAUUCUUGAUAUACUUAGUUUUUGUUAAUAAUGUAGAGUCAGUAAACAUAUUUUACUGUCAAUGUUUCAUUGAGAAUAGGGAAAAGUAGUAGUGACCGUGGGAGCCUUUCUACAGAAUUUAGACAAUUUCCGGCAAUGGCUGAUCAUGUUGAUGCGCCAACAGGUGUAGAUUAGAGACGAAGCCGAAAAUAUUGCAGUUUAUUCGAGCGUCUUAGUUCGUUUUCUUCUGCUAUAUAAUUUCGAAUACAUGGUGGACGAUAGUCCCAGUUCGAAUUUCGAGUCGUACCGGUAUCGGAGGAUCCUCGGAACGUAGAGAAGCGAUGAACUUAGGAGACAAAAGAAGAAUCGUCGCGAGAUGGGAGGGGAAAAAGGAUAUCUUUUUUCGCUAUUGACGGUGCCGUAGCAAGCUGCUGAUUUUUUCUUUUUCUAAGAGGACAGCAAGUGUCUUUUAUCAUCGAUCUUGCGUCGACGUACGACGACGCACUUAGCUCUGUAGUUGAUAAGGCUAAUGUUAAAUUAGGCUAAUCUUUUUUAUUCGGGUAUAAUUACUAUAGCGAUUUUGUACUUUUGCUAUUUUCAUUAAACGUCGUGGGUAGAAUCGCGCGACGAGAAACUAUCGCGACGAGAUCUCGCUGCUCCUCCGGCCCGUUGCGUUGUAAAAUCGCCCUGCGUUAGCCCGAACUCGCCAAGAUCCGGUGCAGAGACGCGUUAUACAAAAGAUAAAUACAGAGCACCUGGAGAACAGUUUUCAAGUAUUUCAAGAAACACCGGGAAAGCACGGAAUUGCCGGAAGGUUUGACAUUCGGACGAAUAUAUCCCCCCCCCCUCCGAUGAGAUUCUCCGUGUCAUAUCUUUCGAUGAAAACAUGACAGAUCUCGGGAAGACACGGGUGAUAAACGCGAAAAACUGUCGAACGAAAGCUCGGCGCUUCGCGGGGUUCCCCGUAACGAUAUGCUCCGUGUAAAGCACAGCACUGUGAUAUCUUCUUGACCAGACCGGUACGUCAUUGUUAGUCAAUGUUGAAAAUACGAUAGAGACGACGUCAACUUCAGUGAAAUCGAAAUAGCAAUAUACGAAUGACAAACAAAUUGAAAAGAAGGGAAGAUUCUGUUGAAAUUGCACACUUUACCUUCCUUUCUUGGAGCGAGUUUGAAUUCACGAAUGUCCUGUGUCUCAGGAAGCUAGUCAUAUCCAGCAAACGGAUGUGUUAUGGUGUCCCAUAAUUGCCUCCAACAACUUUUAGUCUGGAACCUCACCCAAGCAUAUAUCGGUGAUUCCGAAUGUCGAACCUUCCGGAAAUCUGCGCGCAUAGAGGAGACGAUUCUUCUCGCGAGGAAUUUCGCUGUUAGCCAGAAAGUUAAAUCGGACAUUCAGGCUGACGAUGGGCGGUACAAAGAUAUUCGCGCUUUUAUUACUCGAGUCGAGACAAAGUUGCAGCACUUCUAUCCGUUGGAAAUUAAUUCUCGCCGCGCGGUUCGCCGACGUUCAACGUCGAUCUAGUGAACGUUUUGUAUAUCAGUGUUUUUUAUAUGGAUGACUGGGGUGUCAGCGAGGGCUGUCCCGUCGACGACUUCACCGAGUUCUCGGGAUGGUCGGUAUCGUCGGCCAGACGUUGCCUUUCUCGCUGCCCGAAGGUUUACCGAAUAAUCGAUAUAUCCCGCGUUUGUGAAUUUUAUAUAAUCCGAAUAGAGCGUUCGCGUGGUACGUUUGUAUGGGGCUAAGGGGACAGGGUUGAUGGGAGGGAGGGAAGAGGGUUGAGUCUCCGUGAUGGAGUAGAGAGGUUACGAAUGGUUGAAUUAUGAAUAGAGUUUAGCGUAGAGUCAUUACUUGAAAAGAAAACAAGGUUUGAAUCAUCGAUAAAUAGUAAGUUUAUAUAGAACGACGGUUUUCUCAUAGUUAAGACGCCCUUUCGUUUUCGUCGGUCGUUCACCCGACCUCCAAAGAGAGAAUGGGUGGGGUACACAGGAGUGAAAGGGUGAAGGUGAGAUUCUGUCCUCGAGAGCAGCUUCGCCUCGGGGCGCGAAGACGUGCGCAACCCUCCCCGCGGACCUUCACCCCGGCGCCGGUCGACUUUGAAUCAAGCGCGAUGGGAACUCGGCCAAGAUCGACGUCGGCCUUGAGACAGAAAUUCGAUCUUGAAGGGAACAUCGUGACGUGCGCCACUCGCGCUGAGCUGCGAGGGCGACGCGCGUGCGCCGGGAACGGACGGAGAAGGGUGAGAGAAAUCUCGGAUCCGAGGGAGAUCGCGCCGGUGAAAAUCGACUGACGUCUUCGGGCAAGGUCGGGUAGACGACCGGACGAAUCGUCCUAGGUGAUAGGUUAUUGUGUCAUAUUGUGGAUGUCCGAGAUGAUUAAGACGAGGGGGAGAGGGAAAAUUUUAUUAUGUACUAAUCAUAGUAAUUAUAUCGGUUGUUCGUCGGUACCCUUUCACGCGGCCUUGAUGUGGCCACAGGGACGUGAGGGAACGAUUUUCUCGUCGGUCAAAGUUCGUUUAAAUAAUUCGAUAUAUAAAAUAGAUGAAGAAAUAUAUAUAUAUAUAUAUGAAAAUAUAUAUAUAGAUAGAUAUAUAUUAUAUUAUGAAAAAUGAAUAAUACGUACGUUUAAGAAUCAUCAAUUUUUGUCUCUUUUAGCGAUUAAGGGUCUUUACAGCUGUGCUAGACAACUAUAGGUAUAUAUAUCAAAAAAAUAUAUAAAUCUAUAUAUAUAUAUAUAUAUAUACGUACGUUCUCAACGUGUACGUCGCUAAUACGCGCGAAGCAACGUAUACGGGCUCCUUAGAAGUAAAACCAGAAGAAAAAGGAUUUACACACGCACAUUCUAAUUACACGUACGCAACCGCACGCGUUAAAUAAAUCACACGAAAACCACAAACGCGCGGUCUCGACGGUAUCGACGACGAGACACGAGAGGAAGGUCUGCUUCAUUUUCUCAGACAUAAACCGAAGCAGAAGUACGAAACAACGUAAGAGACUGCAUCAUAAUAAUAUCUACAGUUAUCGAGAUAACGGAGGAUAAAUAUCGAGAAUCGCAGACGCUACAAAUGGCUGGAACCAUUCGCGAGACAAAUUCAUUUUAAUGGUGGGCGCCGAUAUUUCAUCAAUCAAAUAUUUGUUCCGUGAGCGCAAAGGGCGAGAUUCGUCCACGACGUUGAGAGAAAAAGAGAAGGUGAUAGGCUAAACAAAGUAGCUUGUUCUUUGUUGGACAAAAUAUAUGUUGCAGGACUCGAAACAAAAUCUACGUGAAAUCUCGAACGGCCGACACCCCUUGAGCAACGUACGUCCGCUCGUGAAGAUCGCCUCGUGAUCUCUCGUCAUAGUCAUACACCGUGAUCACGCGCGCGUUAACACACACACACACACACACGAAUACAUGUUUCCAACGAUGUCUUUAUUAGCUGUAAUUAUUGCAGCGAAUAUCGGAAGGUUGACGAGCAGUCACGUCAACUACCGCGUCACAAUCGUGCAGCAGAGCAAAUGCAUCUCUUAAUUUUUUUUUCAACCUCCAUGAUAAUCUUCGAUUUUUUUCAACGCAUCUUAAACGGUAAAAGCUCGGGCACGAAACUUUUGAUUGUCGAUUUGGCUUCCCUUUUCUGUUUUACUUGCAAUUUUCUGUAGCGUCAUUUACUCGCGAGGGUACGCGAAACGGUGAUAAUUUCUUGUGAUCGAUGAGAAGGAGGUCCGACACUCGCGAUGGAAUCGCACCAGCGAUCCUCCCCUUUGGCCGAUCAAUUUCGGCGAUCUGUAGAAUUGAUUCCAGACGGUACGUUUAACUUUCAAUAUUAUUUUUAACCGGAACGACAUCACCUUUUUACAACUUGACUUAUAUUUCUCCUAAAACAAGUGUAAACACUUGUAUAAUUACUGUAUUACUAUUUUUCCGUUUGUCGCAAUCAAUAUUUAGUUGACGAAUCUUCUGGAGUCGAAUUCGAAGGAGUGUCCAAAAUGCCUCCGAGAGCAGACUUGUUAGUUUCAUUUAAUGCGCUGAAUCGCCUCGGCGUCUCUAGAUUUUUCGCGCUUGUCUUCAGUUUAGUGGCUCGUUCCUCAGUUUCAUUGGUAUAAUUUUUUUUUCCUCGCGUCUCUCACUUCACGAAUCAAUACGUAGAUCCAGAUGACGACAAAUGUUUGAAGUUUUUUUUUUUUUUUGUUUGUUUUGUGCUUCUAAUGUGGUAAGAAAUGAUAAGCGAAAUACACGUAAAUACGUUAGAUACAUAGACAUAUACAUGCGUAUGUUAUAUCAGUGCGCAAUUAAGUACACAUAUAGUUAACCGUGUAACUAUUACCUACGUACUACCGUAUUAGAGGGAAGAUCGCGCGAACACUCAUUGCGUUGAGAACACAAUAUCGCAGAGGUUUUUUUUCUCCCGUUUCGUUUACACUAUUAAAUGUAUGUACGAUUUGAAAGGCAGGUUAUAUAUUUAAACUGCCUCCCUUCCCCAUCCCCUUCCCAACUGGUGUUCGAUGACUCCGCGCUGAAACCGCGAACUCUCACCGAACUCUUACCUGAGUGUUACACACACACAGUUACCAUACCGCUCAAUCAGAGGAUUUCCGCGGUUUCAGAACGGUGGGAAAGGCAUUGGUUUUUUUCAAAGAGUUAAAUUGCGCACGUUCUGCGGGCGUUAACCGUCAUGGGGCUCGACGAACCCUCCCCAAAAAAAGAAAUAAGAGGCAGGUCCUGUUUUCCCUGUGACGGUUGACGCCCGCUCGACCCGUAAUAGCUUGAUUGUGAUGUUAAUUCGUUAAUGAACGUUAAACUCGUGUAUACCAUAUACUCUCGAACCUGGUGUUGGCUGCCUGCGCGAACACGUUUGUGGACCCUCUCACCGGUUUCUCGGAAGUCCUUUCGCGUUAGGCACAACUGCCCGUGCCGCAGCGCGAGGGUUCAUUUCAUUCCUCGAAUGCAUAAUAAUCCCGAGGUCCGCGAGGUCUACGGUCGUGUCGCGCGACAGCACGGAUUCUCUCCUGUUUUACAGGCUAAAUGUAGCUUUCGGAUGUAGAAGAGAGAGAGAAAGAGAGACGGAAAGAUGUAGAAGAUAGAGGGAGAGGGAAUAUAAGAUGAUGGAAAGGAAGUUAUAUACGUAGGGCUGCGGAUUUAGAGAAUCGCCCGUCGGCGAACGCUACAUUCUUAUCGAAAGACGUACAAAGUGAGAGAGGAAGAAUAGAUAGAGACGAUAAGUGCGCGCUUGUCGCGCUCUGUUUAAAGACGCCGGAUUUACGAGAAAGAGAGUGACGCUGCUCGCGAACGUGGAACACGCGGGGGCGCGGAGGGGUUCGCGAACGGAAAAGCGAACGUGUCGUCGGUAUUGGCGUCGAAGGGGGAGAACGAUCGCGUGGAAUUCCACGGAAUUCGCGCUCCGCGUCUCUCGACUUUCCCGAUUGAGUUUCACAGGAAUACGAAGUCCCGCGGUGUGCCCCCCUCCCCCUCCCCCACCCCCGUUCCCCGACGGCGAACGUCGACAUUUUCACAAUGGAUUUAUCGAACACACCCUUCACCUCUCUCAUCCCGCCCCCAUUUUCCUCUUCCCAUCCUCCGUUCCUCCCAUCUUCAUCGCUAAUCCUGUAAGUGAUGUAAUUAAUGUACGUUGCCUAAUAAUUGUUAUACUGAAACGUUAGAACGACGAAGAAAUUUUAUCGAGUGCGCUACUGGAGAGCGGUUUUGUUUUUCUCACGUCGGCGACUCGCGUGCCAACCCCCCCAGUGUCCAUCAAUCGCGCCGGUCUCUCUUCGGAGAAUCGUUUUGUUUAGAGGGAGAUUCAAAGGGUGCUCCGGCAAGUCCGGACAUCUCGCGGGGGAUUAAAAAAAACGGGGAGAUCGGCUCGUGAGACAAGGUGGGCACCGUUCGCCGACGUCAUAAAUAGUACACACACCGGCUGUCUUUCACGUUCUACGAUUGAAGGAGCCGAGCUCUCGAUUCCCCCCAACCCCUGAGGACUCGCGAAAGUGGUUAUCGCAAGGUAACGCUGAUGUUGAAGAGCAAAUGAUGGAAAAAGUAAUAGCGUUUUUGUUUUUAGCGUGGGAGGCAGAACGCUUAGCUCCGAGUGGGUCUCUAUCAAGAAGCGGCCGAAAUUGCGGGAUUUUUCGAACGAAUGCUGAGGGCUCGGCCGUAAUCGAGUCGAUCGGAUACGUUGGCCAAGGUACAAAUGUACAUAGGAGCAUAAUGUUGUUAUUAACGUAUAACGCUGCCGUCCCGCCUCUGUGUGUUCCUCUGAACCUACAACCUGCGUUAAAGAUGUCGUAAAGCCGCGAAAAAAAUGGAUUCUCCUAUUAUUAAUGGCGCGUUUGCGAUAUUAUUGCGAUACUGUGUUGUUUUAUUUUUUAUACUGUAGCGAUGAGUUCAGUAUUCCGUCAUACGUUACGCAGCAUAUUCAUUUUUUUUAUCUAUAUAAUUUUUAUGGAAUGCAUAGGUCAAAUCAUUUAGUCGAGCUUUUUUUUUUACAUAUUCGCGAUGAUUUAAAUCAAUCUUUCCUUGUUCGAAGGAAUGCUUUCAUUAGAUUAACAUUGAGAUGCAAUGAUGUGCCAACAAAUUAUUUAGAGAUACGACAAACGGGAAAAUUGCAGGCGGAAGAUGUUAUCUCAUUCAGUCGCGAGUCUGACACCGACGCUCCGGUCGGUCCACAAACUUCGUGCUCAAGGACUCGCCGAGUUCCUGGCUCUGAACUCAUCGCUUUGGUAAUCGCGCCGAUGAUGUCGGCGCGUGGCCUAAAACGAGUCCUGUUAACAUACACGUGUAUACCGCGAAAUCGCGGAUGAUGGAGCAAACGCGGAGGACACGCGGAGGCGGGGGAAUGUUCGUGAAGGACGAAAACGUGAAUAAAGAGUGAAGGAUUGCGACAUUUGACGGAAAAGUGUAAAAAACAAUUGGUUCGCGGCUCGUUGUUUCCCGAGAGCCAACCUCUUGAUAUCCGAAAUUAUUCCUUUUCUUCCUUCCUUAUCUUUGCCUCGAAGCGAGCCGUGAGCCAAUCGAAAUUACGCAGAUUUCAGAAAAGCGGAUCGACGAUAUAUUAAUCACGCACGAGCGCACUGGAAAAUUACAACUUCGUAAUCAACGACAAAUAGUCGCGCACUUCUAAGACGAUAUUUUUGUUUCUUUUUCCUUUUGUGUCUUCUCUUAUCAUUGUCGGUGAUUCUUCACGCGGCUAAUCGCGGAGGAUUACGCGUGGGCGGUACACGCGUGGUCCUCUCGCGCGCGAACAACGCGCGAUUAAUUAAGGAUUUAACGGGACGCGCAUUAAUCGCUAGUUCCCUCGUCCCUCCCCUUCCCUCUCCUACCCCACACCCCUCUUAUACCAAAAGUAUCAGUUUGCAGCCAAUUUUCUUCGAGGGGUUAACCGAUGUGUUUGAAUGGCGUGUGGAUGUGCUACUCCCUUCCUAUUCGUGCAUUUAAUCGCACUCGUAGCGUAUAUAUGUACAUCUAUAAUACACGUAUAUGUAUAAACCCUCCUUUAAACCUAUCCCUGUAACCCCCGAGUCAGUAGACUUUAUGUACGAAGCGUCGUCUGUGUAAAAUGGCGUCGUGUCGGAUUUGUACUCUCGUAGUAAGCGUAUAGUCUUUGCUGAAGGAAGCCAUUCGCGCCCGUCGUCCUAAUUGUCGCGAGGAUCCCCCUGGCACGCUAAUAGUUUACAGGUGUGCGUGAUGGGCCUUUGAUUAAACCCGGGGACAAUUUUCUAAACUCUCCGUGCGUGCCAGUUAUUCGACUCGCGCGAAGAGGAAUCUUCGAUCCGGCAUUGUUUCAAUCGAACGUCCGCGCGCGAAAAUCACGAUCGGGAAUUUUCUACGUGCGUGACAAUCGACGCUUCUUCGAGACGUGUGCGACCUGCGCGAAUGGUACCACUUUGAGUAGCUCGCCUUUAGCUAACAAUGGCGUAAAACGGUAACAACGACGACGACGACGACGACGACGAUGAAUGUACGUUCUUCAAUGUAUACGUACACGAGGUACUCGCGUAAGACUGUAUUUGCAACAUAUAUUUCUCGUCGUUUUUAAGAGGGGAAAAUUCGCGCUGUCUGUCACUGUAAAUCAACACCAAUCGCGACGGUAAUGCCGAGUACUCGAAUACGGCAAACUUCGUAAUAUUUGCGUCUUUACAGUUAGUAUAGCCAGCAGACGCGCGAGAAUAAAGAGAGAAAAAGAAGAAAAUAAAGAAAAAGAAUCGCGAAACGAAAUUUGGCUAAGGAAAAGAGAGAGAGAGAAACCGCGCAAAUUGAUCGACAUACGCUCUCGUAGUCGUCGCGCUUUAGUGGGGGCUAAGUUCACGGUGGAUCUUGAGGGUAGACUUCUUUUUUUUACAAAACGAAAAUUAAAAAAAAAAAGAACUGCGCGUUCCACGAGGGAACGCGGAUCAGGCGUUAAAAAUUAAGAUUCGGUAUAAGUUUCUUAGAGGUAAUUCGGGCAUUUUUAUUCGGCUGUGUUAUUAAAGAAAAAAAGAAUAAUAAUACUGAAAAUAAAAAACGCGCGGAGAAGCGACUUUAGAUUCGAUAAGAUCUCACAAAUUUAGAUGAAUAAUUUUUGUACCCUAUUUUUUUAAGCGAUCGCCACGCGUCGAUCACGCGACGAAGUACGGAGGGGAUGGAAAUUAAACACGGUAGUAUUUAUCAAAAUUAAGGCGUCGUUAAGUUUAGUUUAAGGCAAGCAAUUCGUCGGCAAUUUCGGAAACGCCAAUUAUUAUACGCGCGCGUCGAUGCUACGUUCUUAGCAUCGAGCCGAUAAUCGAGGAGGGUAUUCGGAAGUAAAUCGAAGAUUCGCCUCUGCUUAGCCCUUCCGAUACGUUAGGGAUAAUCGAUAAACCUUCCGUAACAAGGGAAAGAGAACAGGGAAACGUGAAACCCCGAGCGAAAAUAGAACGCUACGAGAUCGACGAUCGUGCCGCAUCGAAACGAUCUUCUUGAGAGAAGCUAGUCCCUGCCCGAUGAUCCACUCGGGCACGAUCGAUCGCGAACGCGAGACACUCGAGACGUAAAACCGUUUGCCAGGGUGUGUCAUCGAUGUUAACCUUGAUAAGUAAUCCCACAUAGAUAUAUAUAUAUAUAAGGUAUACGCUCUUUUAACUCACACUCUUUGAUCCGCCCUCGUGCCCGAGGGACGAGGACGCGGCAAGACUUCUACGUUCAAAGGCCGCGCGUAGUUUUUAGGCAUACUUAGCCGUAUUACUUAGUCGUUAAGCUCGAAUCGAGAGGAGAGAAACCGAUCGGACGGCAGGCAUGGAAGCGAUCCAAAAAAAAAAAAAAGAAAUCAUAGUAGACACAAGCAUUUUGCGAUGCAAAAGCGAAUAAUCAUGCUGGUAGUGCGGACCAAACGGGACAACCGAACGGGAAGUUUGUGGAAAGGGGUGAAAGGUGACGAAAGGUCUGGUGUUUCUCUACGGGAAGAAGCGGGAGAAGGAGAGAAAGAGAAAGGGGAGGUGAGAAAGACGCGUAAAAAGAAAUUGCCGCUCUCCAUCGGAGAUCGGACGUCCGAUAUCGUUUGCAGUGACGAGAUUAAACUCGUGAGAGUUUAAGACACGGCGACGAGGAGACUUUUGACAAUUGCGCCGUGCCCUUCGAGACGUUUGAUUGUUUCCUUCCUUACGUACGGCACACCUUUUUUUUCUCGCGUGUUGAGCAGAGAGUACGUUGUUUUAAGUUUUCACGCUUUCGUUAAGAUAAAUCGAAGUAGGCUCAUAAUCCCAAAAAUCGUCAGAGAUACACGUAACAUUGGUGAAACUAACGAUUGGCUUAUCUGUAAUUUGAUAAUCGCGGAAGAGGCACGAUACAAGAUGAGGAGGUGGACCGCGCUAUUUUUAUCUUUACCAUUCGACUACUCGAUCGUCUGAUUCUCAAUCGCUGCGACUUUGCGACGAACGUCGUCGUCCGCGGAAAUCAGAUACAUUCGUGCUUUCUCGAAGUCGUUACUUGUGACGGACCGUAAUUGGCCACGCGUUUGACGGAUAUACACACAGCUAGUGCACAUUUAAGGACAGUCUAACGUUUCUUUGUCGUAUUGCUGCCGACUUCGUCGUCAUUGGAGUCCCGGUUAACGAGUGAAUUCUUCUUGUUCCGCGUGCAAUCGAGACUCCGGGCGACGGUAAAACGUCCCCCGUCUUUUGAAACAUCGCGCACCAGACUUCUUUCCGAUUUCCUGUUUUAUCUCCCAUCGCGGACGUUCAGAUCUAUUUCUUUUUUUCCCGAGGGCGGUGAGAGAAGAAAAGAGAGAGAAAGAGAGACAGAGAUAAAGGAAGCACGGCGAGGAAAGAGAGAAGCGAGAUGGCUACGAACGAUAAAAAAAAAAAGAAUGAAAGAAACAGUGAAUUGCGAUAGCCUUUCCAUGUCUUACUGCCCUGCCCUAUGACUCUCGCUCGCCUUCCUACGAUCUUCGGUCGAGAGGAGGAAAAAAGAGAAAGAAUGAAAAGAGGAAACAAUCGGAGAAACGAAUAAUCGGCGGCGUCGCGCCGCGCCGCGUGCGGUAAACCAACGACGAGGGCGUAUUCUCGCGCGAGUGAUUUGCCGGAAGUAGGAAGGCAACGAGGAGGAGGGAAGCGUUGAAGCUGAGGUCGCGCGAGGUCGGAGCUUUUUUCGAAGGAAAAACCUACAGAAGGCGGUCGUAACGACGGUUUGGGUAAUAUUAAACAUACAUAUAUACGCACACACAUAAUAGAUAUAUACGCGUACACGUACAUACAUAUAACAUGCGUGAUAGCGAUAAACGGUAAACACAUAUUGCAUAUUACCAUCUAGCGGGGUACACGGUUCGAUCGAAGAUUCGGCGGGGCUUCAGAAUCGCUCACCGGUUAACUAGUUCUCUCUUUCGCGGAGAGAAAGGGUACUCCUCCUUUAGACGUAGCUCGUAUCAGGUCCUGUCUGUUAGGUACGUUUGCACGUGGUAAACAUAUAUUUAUAUAUAUACACACACACACACGCGCGUAUACUUAUGCAUUAACGGAGCUAUUUCCCAUUCUCGUGUAGCUGUUUGUCGGAGUCACGAUGGGCGACACGCGUCGCGACUUCGUAAAGAGUCCGCGCAUUCUUCUAUCGCUAAAAACGGUAAAUACAGAUUGGCAGACGGAGAGCCGUGUCUACGUGAAGCGCAAUCGUGACUCAAUUUAGCGGUCGUGAAUGAGAGAAGUGUGACUGCGUGGUUUGCAAGGAUCUUUAGCCUGAAAAAUUAACCCAUCCCACACUCACAGUUUUCCGAUCAUCCCCUACCUGACCCGAUUUUUCGCCAGUUAGCCACUGAGUUGUCCAUUUCGUUCGACUGUACCAAGAAUGCAAAAAAAAAAGAAGAAAAAAGAAAAACCACAGCGCGACCCGCGACUGUCCAAUCACGACGAAUACAAUCGGUAAAAGAGUCGACAUUUUCUACUUUAAUAGAAGGAAAAUCAUUGCUCGGUACUUACACGAUCUUUGUUUUUAUUUUUUAACUUUUUAGUAUCAUAAUAGCAAUUUAGAGAUACGUUGUGAUUUUUGGGCAAUCCAUAUAUUUUACUUUACUUUGGAAUAUCAGUGUGACCGGAGUUUAAGGAAUUUGACGAUUCAUUUACCGUGUAAUCUUUUUUUCUUAUCAAUAUCCUUGCGAUUGGACACGUCGCGCGCCUCGUUCGGUUACCUUGCUGACAUCAAACACGAAUUGGGACAUUUUACGAGGACGGGAAAAAAAGUGCGCGAUAUUGCAUGACUCGGUUAGAUCGCGAGAGGAUGUUACUCGACUUUAGGAAGUGACACAUGCGAGACUGGGUAAGAUGUUCCCUUAAAAUCAUGGAAAAUAUAAAACAACAGCGAGGCAGCUGUAUCCCUCGAUACCUCCCCUAUAAGAGUACAAAUUUUUCUAAUAUGAAUAACUAUAUCGAGCGCUGAAUAAAAUAUUAGCUGACGAAGGCGUAACGAGGAAAGACAUAAAGCGAGAAAGAAAGAGAGAAAGAUUAUUAAUUAUUACUGAGCGCGAGAGAGUGAAAGGGAGAGAGUGACGAGAUGAGAAAGAAAAAGAAAAGAGUAAUAUUAGGCGAAGGAUAAUGUGUGUUUAACGAUGUUUUCCCCGGUGUAGAAAUUAUUGCGAUAACGAAUAUGAAAAUUAAAUGAAAUGGUUUAUAUGAUAAACGUACCGUAUAACUUACCUAGCGCUAGGUUCACUGAACGUUACAUUAUUAGCGGAGUAUGAUAUAUAUUAUAAUAUACGCGCAUGUAGCUAUGUGUUGACGAUCCGGACUGCCAUUAGCACUUAAGGCGCGGCCCCACUGAUCCCCCCCCCCCCUUUGAAAUUCUCAGGAACAUUUUCAUCGAGGCUUCGCGAUAACUUUGAAAGCGUGCAACGAUGCAUCUCGUGAUUCACGCGUGUCCCCCCCUUCCCCAGCAUACACUCCCCCUCCUCCCACAUACAUCCACACGAUGAUUUAGACGAAUAGAUUUUAUAACAUAUAUACAUAUAGAUAUGUGAAACAAAAGAGAUAAUUUCCGUUCGCUAUCAUAUCGACGUAUAUCAAUAUACGCACGUCAAGUCUUUACCUCAAUGCCGGGCGAUUUCAGAGUUAACUCGAUCGCUUUCUCGAUGGCUAAUCUCGUUGUUGACAGUCGGUCCCUUGCGGUAGGGUAAAAACGCGCGGGCGGGAAUCGCUCUCGCAGUAUUAUCGGAAUCUUUGUCGAGCUGGUCUUAAGUGACAUGGUAAUUUAACCGAGGUGAACGGAAGCGAACGAAAUAUUACGCGUAUUACGGGCGCACGCGUGAGCUGAUGAUGAUCACGCGUGCAGUUAGACAUGUAAGCUUUGAAGAAUCAGUAUCGUAGUUAGAGCUCGGUGUGUUUAUUGCAUGCACCCGCCUAUGGAUAGACGAGGGAGAGUACCGGUAAUCUAUUUAAAGAAUUAUCUCUUUCUAGCUGUUUCCCCUUUUACAAUGCAUUAUCUAUGGGAUAUGUACACACGCAUAACCGAGAUACACGAGUACACGUCACACCGUUACACAGAUUCGUCAACUUGAACUUCCCCGUAUACCUCCAUACAUGUAAAAACCCACACACACACACACGCACACGUGCAACUGUAUACUUCUAUCUAGGAGCAAUAAAUGAAAAUAAAAUAUCGAGGUUAUCGUGCUUCGAUCGACCGCGGCAAAAUCAAGUUGGAUAUCCGAAUGUUAAAUAUGUCCUAUGAAUUUAGCAAAAAAAAAAAACCGUCAAACGAAGAGGAAACUCGUGCUCGAUCGAACCCAAAAUCAAAUUCUCCUCGAGCUGACGUCAAAGUGAGAGCGAGGGCAGAAUGGAAUCAAGAUUAUUGGCGAAAUUCGCGGGUUAAAUUUUCGAAUGCGAGGAGGGUUCGAUCCCGCACGUUAUUUUUUACCGGGUAAGUGGCUUUCGUUCGCCGGUCAAUGGAAGCGCGCGUCACCUCGUAAAACGUAACUUGCAACUGCCGAAGAUAAGACUCGAGAAAUACAUAAUCUUUCCAGCCUAGGAAUUUUUUACCGAGAUGGUUUUAUACGCUGUUUUUUGGUGGACCACAAGUUUCCGUGCCGAGAUAUAAUAAUAACAGAUUGCAGAUCAUUCGAGACUGAUCUCCGUUCAAUUAGUCGCGUCAGCGUCGACGAUUCGAGGCGAAAAUUAACGAGGAGGAGAAAGAGAGAGGAGGGAGAGGGCAGGACGGUCCCCGACGAUUGUGUUUUCGGCGGAAGAUUCUCGUGCGAUCGUAGACGACGAGCCGGGGAAGGACAAAGUACCGACACGAUCGAUUCCGACGGCAAACACCGGCGGUCCAACGACUCCAUAUCCGAAUGAUCAAGAAUUCCUUGAUCGUUCGAAUAUCCGUACGUAAGACUCGAGCGUUGGGCGGGCGAUCGACGCCGUGGACUGAGAGAUGAGAAGUGGACCGUGAAACUAACGUAUACACAGAUGUAUAGAUAUAUAUAUUUUUGAUAAAAAUCUAUUCGAAAGUGACCCGCAAAAAAAAAGGAGAGAGAUUAAAAUCGUCGUCCCCGGCCGUGGGUUUUUUCGCAUCUCGAUGAAAUUUUACGAACCUGGAAAACCAGCAAGAAAGAGACUCUCUUGCUCCUGCCUCGUCAAAUUCUCCUCGAAGACGCAUGCAAUAAAUCAAGAACGUGUCGACGUGUGUCUGGAGAAUCAAUAAACACGUCUUUUUUUUUUGCGAAUUCUACCGAUGUCUAUGAGGUCCACUGUUUCCGUGAUGAAUUGCCGCAAUCGAAUUCGAAACGGUUGUUGUCGUUAAGACCGAAGGACGUGUGACUUGUCGAGCUUCGGUUUUCGAAAAAUUGUUCUAGGCAGAUCUAAGCUUAAUAUUUCCAUGUGAGAGAGCAUAUUAUAGACCGAGCAUUUAUACAUAGAUCGAUACGCAGAACGCGCAUGUCGACAGAUCCGAUAGAAAGAAACGAGACCGUUUCUUCAAUAGCGUCUGUCGGGAUGCCACUACACACCACCACCGACACCGUGAAUAAAAUGAGAGAGUACACAGAGAGGAAUGUAUAAUGUGCACACACAGGUGAAGACACGUAUACAGGUUACACUACAUUGUACGAUCGGCACUAUUUCCCUAGCGCUUGCCAAACUCUUAUUAUGAUCAUUCUAUCGUUAGAGUAUAAGAGUUGAUAUUUAAUAAUUCGUAUUGUAAUUGUAUGCGAUUAUAUUUGUUUGGUUGGCUUGAGGGCGAGAGUCUAACUCGGGUUAUUAGAUACUACGCUGUACCUUUAGCUGGCGGGUCACUGACAGUAACUGUCAUCUUUGCUCCACCUGAAUGAAGGAAGGGAUUCCCCGUAAAAAUAAUCACGAGUUUAUUCAGAUAUUGUUAUAGUUUAAGUUUCGACAUCGUAUUGUCAUCCAGAUUCUCGAGUAUGACGUAAUAAUGUUAAUCCAAAUAAAAAGGUAUAAAGUAUAUGCUGUUUAUUUCUUUGUGCUGAAAGUUGUACAUGUUUGUGAGUUUUAACAUAAUUCGUAUAUAAUAUAUGUAAUUGAUUCAUUGAGAAAGCAUUGUAUAAUGUUCAAAUGUAUAAGUUCCUUUACGAGCUCUCAUUUAUAUUGCAUGUUGAAUCGUAUAAUUAUGAUGUGGAUAGAUAAGAUUUAAGGAGAAUAUAUUUGGUAUUAAGAUAUUGGUUGUGAAAAGGAAUAGCGAGAGAGAAAUGUUUUGCUUGGGUAGACUGCGUCGCUUCACCUUGUAGUGGCGAGUGAUAAUUGAUGACGACGCUGCUGCAACGCAACGUCGAAUUGUUGACGAGUUCGAUACGUCGCGCGGACGUGCCUUCGACUAACGAGCGAACCCCAAGCUGAACGAUUAGGCGAGGACAUACGCGAGGAAUUCCUUCGUGAGGGCGAACAUCGAGCGCUGGCCGUUGUACAUGUUCCCGUAGCGAUUGCUCGUGCGUGUUUCCAGGUGAGGAAUAAGUGCCACCAUCAGGCGUACACGACGAAUGACGACUGCGACGACGAGACACAAGAUCGUCCGGUGGCGGUCGAUCUCCUCGGAGCUGGCGUUCGUCGCAGAGUAAAAAAAAAAAAAAAUUGCGCUUUUACCCGCACGGCCGACAGUCGAGGACACGUCCGUCGCGCGUGCGAACGGACGAGUAGGAAGAUCACGAAAUCGUUAAGGGAGAUGCGCGCGGUGCACCCGCCAGCGACUUUGAGGGGAAGAUAGACGCAUGAAAAAGAAAAGAAAUACAUACACACACAUACAUACGUACACGCAAAGCGGAAAGUAACGAAGGGUAGGAAUCGCGUUUGAGAGAAAGAAUAGGUAUAUAUGAUAUCGAUAAGUUGUGUCUCGCGAUCGAGAGAGCUAGUGCUUGACAUAACAGUCGCCGGAUCGUUUCUCCGAGAAUCAGAUCGACGAGACGAGUCGAUCGAGCUAGUGGGCACGAAGAGUUGCCUUGCGCGGGCCUAAGGACUAAAAAACGCGAGGCGAAAGGGAAACGGAAACGCGAGAGAGACGGCAAUCUCGGAUAAGCGAUUUGACGUACAACACACACACACACACACACACACAUACACGUGUAAUGGAAACAUUUAAUACUUUAGUCAGGAAACCGUCGACGGAACUCGUACGACCUCCUCACCUCGGGCCCGAUCUCUCCGGGUCAAGGUCCGUCGGGGAGGUCGACCGUUCUGUCGUCUCCACAUCGCACUACACGAGUUUGCGUUAAUUAAUCAAUGCUCUACUCUCAGAGCGGAGGACACGGUCAAUAUGGAUCCUGGCAGUUUUGGACUUAAGCGUCCUCCCUUGCCGGCCAUCCUCUCUCGUCACGGGGCCUAUCCUUCCUCUCUGGUCCCGGGGCGUGACGCGAGGACAUCGCCGGGAAGGGUAUUUUAAGCGAAAGGACGAACAGGAAGUACACUGUAAGCAUUAGCGCGUUACGCGGCUACGCCUAGGUUUAAAAUGUGGUG